CCUCAACUCCGUCAUCGGUGACGGACUAUUCAGUAUUGGGAGGCUAUUGCCUUAACAGUAAACUGUUAUUGUUGUUUGAACGUCGCAUUUGAGGAGAAGAAGAGUUGCUACAAGUGAAACAGAUGUCUGGUCCUCUUGGUCCAGACAUGCCUAUACCAGUACCUAAACCUCGAGCACGCUAUAAGCGGGCUGCUGGGAGUUUACAGAGCCAGAACUCUGUGGACAGGGAUUUGAUAUAUACAGCCAGUCCAGCAUCAAGUACAGGAAUUCAUAACAAAGGUACAAAUGAUAUGAUGUUAGAAACUGUAGUCAACUCUGCCGUUAGGUUAAAUAAUCCUUCAUUCAGCACUGCCAUCCCCAGCCAAGCUGACCAGAAUCAUAUCCAGCCCAACGUCUCACUCUCCACGUCUGAUUCUGGACUGAUCCCGUCUUGCCCAGAAAUGGACUGUAGUGAUUCAGAUAGAUUCCUUGACAGAUCUGCCUCGUCAUCCUCCCCUCCAAGCAGUCCAGCUUCAGAUCAUGACUCCUCCCUUUUAGUAUUACCUGACUGGACGAAAGAACUUGGCUCUGAAUCGUCCAAUGAUGACGAUGAACUAAUUGCAGAAGUUAAGAAAGCUUGUCUCAUGAAUGAUGUGGUUGGUGUUGUGGCCAAUGGACAACCCCCUGUGCCUCGCGUGGAACACAUGGUUUUGCAGACCCGGCCCUUCAAACUGAAGACUCCACGAGCCGCCACCAUCCGCGUGAGCAGGAAAAAGCAGGGACCAGGAAGCGGCGGCGGAGCCAAGGCGGCAGACACUUCUCGUAGGGAGAGUGUGGUGUCCCGAUCAAGCUGGCUGGAUGUAUGGAAGGGAAGAAGGCACAAUGUUCUUUGGGCUACCCUGGAUGGACAGUUGGUAUCCCUGUGGAAGAAACGCACAGACAAGUUAACAGACAUGGUAUUCCAUGUGUCAAGCAUCACCGAGGUCCGAAAGCAGGACAAAGGCCGCUUUUCUGUUUACUUCCGCAAGAAGCACUUUGAGUUCAUGGCACACAGCGAAGCGGUGCAGGAGGGCUGGGUGACUUCCCUCUUGGCCUCUCGUGGCCUGGACCCCCCAGCUCCUCCUCCGCAGCACGGGGCCCUGGUCAUGAAGGACCCCCGUAGCCGAGUGUACGCUGCCAUAUGUGGACACAACCUGUGGAUUUACUCUGGUAAAGAGAACUUUGAGUUGGGGAUCGGGACAACCUGUGUGUCCAUGAACGUGGCGUCAGUGAAGCAGACCGGCCGCCAUAACUUCAGCCUCAUCACACCGUACAAAACGUUCAAUUUCUCAGUAGAAUCAUCGCGGGAGCUAGGUUUGUGGCUAGCGAGCCUGACCCAGGUGAUCCUCAGUGCCUUGUCAUGCAGCGAGGUUGCCCAGCGACUCUGGGCCAGUCCCUGGAACAAAGUAUGUGCUGACUGUGGCUGCGCCAACCCUGAGUGGGCCUCGGUCAACCUGCUGGUGGUCAUCUGUGAAGCCUGUGCAGGUCAGCAUCGGUCUUUGGGAAUCAAUGUGUCCAAGGUGAGAAGCCUGAAGCUGGACAGUAAAGUGUGGACGGAACCUCUGAUUCAGCUCUUUGUCCGAUAUGGGAACAAAGCGGCCAAUCAAGUGUGGGGUUACAACCUGCCGGGGGCAGAGCAGAUACUUCCGGACGCCUCUGUGGAUCAGAGGGGGGACUUCAUUAGGGCAAAGUACGUCAAGGGCCGAUACAGACGGGCACAUCCACUAGCCUCCAGCCAGAGACUUCUCAACCAGAGACUGUGUGAGGUUGUGUGUAGCCCAAAUGUCCCAGAGACUAUGUCCCUGCUGUGCUCGGGGGCGCGGGUCCUGUGCAACACUUUGGACCCCAAGGGUCCCUCACCAAUUGCCCUGGCCGAGCAGGCUGGACAGGCCAUGCAGACGGAGCUCCUCAGGCACAACGAGUACACGGAAUCCCCGGCCCACGCUCAUCAGAAGCCCAGCAGAGCCUCCUCCACCUCUGACCUCCUUUCAGCUGCAGGAGAGGAAGAGUUUCAUGGCAAGUUGGAGGAGGACCGCUUCCUGUUCUCCCUGGAGAAUGACUCGGCUGCCUGUGAUGUUCUGGACCUCAGGGAGGUCAUCUCCAUCUUUGAUCGCUCCGAAGGAACAACUUACGCCUUCGAGAUGGUGACUCUGACGGAGCAGUUGGUGUGCAACGCUGAUGCCGAAACGGUUCUAUUCAUUCACCUGCUCCAUAUUCUCAAGGUGGUGUUACCUGGGCCUUUGGAUGAAGAGGACCUGGAUGGGGUGUUUGCUGUGUCCCGGGUGUCGCUGCGGGAGGGAGAAGGCCUGCAGCAUGCCGAGGUCUGGGCCGUGCUCCGUGGAGGACAAGUCCUCAUCUAUCCUACUGACCACCAACGGCAGAAAGAGAGGCUAACGUUAACUCCUGACAGCCAGUACAAGAUAGAUUCCUCAGAGAACACCAUAGAGCUGACCGCUGGAGAGAGAACCAUGUCCUUGCAGUUUGAACAAAACCACAGCUGUCAGACCUGGCACACUCUACUGAAACGGGCGACGGUCACGAAGAGGCAGCCGCGUCCGUCCUUGUACCAGCUGCCCGCCUCCUCCGCCGGUACGGUGCCCCCCCUCAUCGAGAGGUGCAUCUCCCACAUUACGCAAUACGGGUUGAAGGUGGAAGGGCUGUACCGGCGCUGUGGGUUGGCCACCAAGAUCAACCUUCUUGUCGAGGCCCUCAGCACUUCACCUAAAACUGCCCACCUGGAGACGGAUGAACAGGGUCUCCUGGACAUCGCAGGGGCCCUAAAGCAAUAUGUCCGCAAGCAGGUGUUGCUCAUCCCGGAGGAUCACAAGAAAUUAUGGGUGGAGGCGGCAGCUCACAAAGAUGAGACCAUCCGAUUGGCUACGUACCGCCAACUUCUGAAGAAGCUGCCUCCUGACAACAGAAUCACAUUGCACGCCCUCUGUGGACACUUCUACAUAGUUCAGCUGUACAGUUCUGAGAACCGCAUGACGGCCCAGAACCUGGCGCUUGUGUUUGUCCCCACACUGUUCCAGGAGCUCGCCAUGAACCCCAACAUGGUGCGCCUCACCAGAGAGCUCAUCAUCCACCAUACAAUCAUCUUCCUGGGCCAAGAAGACGAGUCUAACAAGGUCGACGAACUGAUUACAAUAUUGUAGGAAAAUAUAUUUGCCUUCUGCUAUCAAAGAAAGCUUGGAUUACAAAUAUGUAUUAGGCUAUUUUCUUUUCACAUGGUAAUUAUUGUGGGAUAAAUGUCUUCUGCCUGAGUGGCACAGAGGUCUAAAUCAAGGCCUUGCAAUAUAGUUGUUUUAGUGCAGCCAUGUGUUCGAGUCUUGGUUCUGGCAUACCAACACUGUCCGUGGGUUAAGUAGAAAUCGGCUUAGCCUGUCCCAGGCUGGACGCUGGGGUGGGUGUCGGACAGGGCUGCCUUUUCUCUUGCUCAUGUGGGGUCCUUUUGUGGCUGUGGGCUAAAUUGUGGUUGCUGUGUAAUAGCAAUACAUAACGGCUAAUUGGUCAUUUGCAGUACAAAGGAGAAAAUAGGUCCUUGGACACAUAUGGGGGGAGGGGGGGUCUUGCCAACACGAACAAAAACGUUUAUUCUAUUUUCAACACUGUAAAAUCAAACUAAUAACAAACCGUUCUUGUAUGUUUUGUGGUCUUGGGUAUGACCUAUGUCACUGCCACCUGCUCACAUGUAUUGCUACAGCAUGGGUUUAAAUCCAGCCCACUGUAAAAACCCUUUGUAAUCCCCUGCUCUCUGUAAA